CAAUACCGUGCGACGCAGCGCGCAUGCGCACAACACUACCCAACCAGUGUCGACCCCAGCCAUCUAUUAUGCUUCUUCGCAAUAAAAGCUACCCGAAAAUCUGCAAGGAAAACGCUACCGGAGCUGCUUGGAGUGAAACGUGCUGACACUCAGGUCCUGAGAUGGGAUGUGUGUGUGGAGUUGGGACUAAGGAGCAGCAAGACGAUCAUUGAAACUGAGCUAAGAGACGUACAGACGUCAUUCAAGCAACUUCUUUCAAGCAACUGACCAGUAUGUCGGUAGUCACAUCCCCUGCCCAGGUGCCUCCACCAAUUGUAAACCCUCCCCCACCUGAGGUCACGAACCCUGGUAAGCCUGGCCGAAAAACCAACCAGCUACAGUACAUGCAGAAUGUGGUUGUGAAGACUCUGUGGAAGCAUCAGUUUGCAUGGCCCUUUUACACACCUGUGGAUGCCAUCAAGUUGAAUCUGCCAGACUACCAUAAAGUUAUUAAGAAUCCAAUGGACAUGGGAACCAUAAAGAAGCGACUUGAGAAUAAUUACUAUUGGACUGCUGGCGAAUGCAUGCAGGACUUUAACACUAUGUUCACAAACUGUUACAUCUAUAACAAGCCCACAGAUGACAUUGUUCUAAUGGCUCAAGCCUUGGAAAAGAUUUUCCUCCAAAAGGUAGCUCAGAUGCCCCAGGAGGAGGUGGAACUUUUACCCCCACCACCGAAGGGUAAAGCACGGAAACCUGGAGCACCCCCUGCUUCAGAAAACCAACAAUCAAUAGCACUGACUACUGGUUCUCCAUCCUCGUCAUGUCCGAGCUCCCCUCCACAGCUGGCUCAGACUCCUGUAAUAGCUGCAACUCCAGUCUCGACCAUCACCUCCAAUGUCCAAGCUGUGCCCCCUGCCAAUUCCAUGAUUCCAACCGCACAGCCUGUUCUCAAAUUUCCUCAGAAGAAAGGGGUGAAGCGGAAAGCGGACACUACCACACCCACAACCUGCGCAAUCACUGCCAGCAGAAGUGAAUCGCCCACUGCGAUGUUAGAGUCCAAACACAGUAAAGUCAUUUCCAGACGAGAGAGCACAGGUCGACCCAUCAAACCUCCCAAAAAAGACCUGGAGGAUGGGGAUGUCCUACAGCAAGGCAACAAGAAAAGCAAGCUCAACGAUCAUCUCAAAUACUGUGACACUAUCCUUAAAGAGAUGCUUUCAAAGAAGCAUGCGGCCUAUGCCUGGCCCUUCUACAAGCCUGUAGAUGCAGAGGCCCUGGAGCUGCAUGACUAUCAUGAAAUCAUCAAGCAACCAAUGGACCUCAGCACUGUCAAAAAAAAGAUGGACAGUCGAGAAUACCAAGACGCCCAAAGCUUUGCGGCAGAUAUUCGGUUAAUGUUCUCAAAUUGUUACAAAUACAACCCGCCUGAUCACGAAGUCGUUGCCAUGGCAAGAAAACUCCAGGAUGUGUUUGAGAUGAAAUUCGCUAAGAUGCCCGAUGAACCCGCAGAGCCGUCCUCACCCAGUGCGGUCUCGGCCACGGCGGUGGUGAGCAAGAGCACCGGCACCAGCGAGAGCAGCGCAGACUCUUCCAGCUCUAGCUCCGACUCGGAGGAGGAACGGGCCACUCGGCUGGCUGAGCUGCAGGAACAGCGAUUCACUGUGGAGCACCCCAAUGGUAACAGGUCGGGGACAAAAAACGGGUGUGCCAAACGUUUUCAGCUGAAGGCUGUUCAUGAACAGCUAGCCGCUCUGUCACAGGGUCCUGUGAGCAAACCAAAGAAAAAGAAAGAGAAGAAGGAAAAAGAAAAGAAGAAAAAAGACAAGGAGAAGGACAAAGAUAAAAACAAGGUCAAGGUGGAAGAUGACAAAAAGGCCAAGUCCACACAACCGAAUAAGCAAACUCCACAGAAAAAGACCUCUGCACGGAAACCCAACAGCACGUCCACCACGAGGCAACCGAAAAAGGGGGGCAAACCUGGCGCUGCGAACUAUGAGUCUGACGAGGAGGAGUCUCUUCCCAUGUCUUACGAUGAAAAACGGCAACUUAGCCUGGAUAUCAACCGGUUGCCGGGUGAGAAACUGGGCCGCGUGGUCCACAUCAUCCAGUCACGUGAGCCGUCACUGCGAGACUCCAACCCAGAUGAGAUCGAGAUCGACUUUGAAACGCUCAAGCCUUCCACGUUGCGUGAGCUUGAACGAUACGUCAAGUCCUGUUUACAGAAAAAGCAGCGCAAACCUUUACCGGGCACUGGGAAAAAGAGUGCCAAGUCUAAAGAGGAACUGGUUCAGGAAAAGAAGAAAGAGUUAGAAAAGAGGCUACAGGACGUGAGCGGACAACUGAACAACAACAAGAAACCACCCAAAAAAGCAGAGAAGGCGGGGUCAGCGCAGGGGGGCGGGCCAUCUCGGCUGAGUGGCAGCAGCAGUUCUUCAGAUUCGGGCAGCAGCAGCUCCAGCGGCUCCAGCUCCGAGAGCAGCGACUCAGAUUGAACUCGAAUCGACACGUUGCAUACUUCAACCUCCUCUAUUUUCUAAUGAGUAGUGUGUGUUGUCAUGAUAGUGUCUUUCUGAAGGCCCAUUUUAUAAAGAGCUAGAUGCUUUGCAGAUGGCAGAGGAUAUUUUAAAAUAGUUUGUAGGAUGCUCUUGACUCAGACAAAGAGGAGAGUUGGAAUAGUUCAAGCAGUUUUAUGGUUCUCGCUGGCCCUCAAAGGGAAAUGCCUGGUAUCACCAGAGGGGGGGAAAAAAAACAACAACAACAAAAAAAAAAAAAAAGAUAUUUUUUUGAAAAUAUGUCAGUUGUGGAGGUGAAACGGUUGUGUGUGUCCGUUGUUUUUUUUCCUUUCUUUCUUUUUUAGGUUGCUGCUCGUUAGAUCCAUACUGAAAACAUGCGUUUGUUAGUGGAAAAACUGACAAAUGCGUGGCUGCAUUUUACUGAUCGAGUAGCUACACAAGGUCUCAAAGACUGAAGGAACAAACAGUGAAUUAUCGGCUCUGUCGCUCUGGUGUGGUUCUGUCAUGUUGGCAUGACAUUUCAACUCAUUCCGCAUUUAUUUUGCUGACUAUGAUAAUACUCUUCAUUGUUACCAUUUUUAAGAGAAUCUAUUUAUUUUUUUUUUUAUCCAAAAAGGCACAAAGCUAUGCGUGUUUUCAACAUUCGGUCUUCACAGAAAUGUUUCCAGUUGACCUGUUUAAAUGUAAGAAAUUUGGCUCAACAUAACUCACUAGAACUCUAGACAGCAUUUGGUAACUCUGGUGUCAGUAUCGUUACUAAACCUUCAAUUUCAGAGGCUUCGCAGUCAUUUUGGCUAUUUCAACACUGUACAUUUUCUCUUCCGGUGCUCUCAGCUCAGUAUUUGAUGUAGAAUUAUGUCUGAAUUUUUUGUUUGUAUGUUUUUAAUCUAUAUCAUACGCUCAUUUGUUUGUUUUAUAUUUGGAUUGUCUUCUGUACUUUUUUUUUUUUUUUUUUUUUUUUUUUUUUUUACUAUUGAUAUGUAGGUGCCCUGAGUAUCUCUUAUCCUACUUUCUAUCUGAUACGCCCAAUCUUUACCAAGUCCAUUCAUAGGACAAUCAAAGUUGUGAUUCAAGUUCAGUAUAUAUGAAAUGGAGGUAUUUUAGAGUGUCCGAGUACACUCAAAAAUAAUGGCAAAAUACAUUCAGAUGUUAAAAAAACACCCACAAGGCUGCAGAUUGGAAUGAAUCAGCCUCUCUGAAACUCCUCCUUGGGAAAACCAAGUGAAUGCUAGCUCUCUUGGACAAGUAGCCAGACUACUGUAAAGCAAAAGAGGGAAGCAUUUAAAGACAAAGUUGGACAGUUAUCUUUGAGAAGACUACAAGCAGCAGUGCUAGAUUUAAUUUCAGAAGGAUAUGUGUUUGACAGUAGUUAUUAUUAGUUGAAAGUAUUACAACUAAUGUAUGUUCUCAAGUUUAAUAACUUUAUUAUUUUACUUUUGUUUUUCUCAAAUGGUGUAUUGAAUGCUUUCAAUGGUACCUAGACACUUCUUGCCAUGUAUCCAGAAUAGUUUGGAAAUGGACCAUGACUGAUAAUCUUUAUAUAAAAAAAAAAAUGAAUGUAUUUGAGGUUAUUUUCUCAUUUUCUUUUUGUGGCUGCAGUAAUGCUACUCAUUCACUGGGUUUUGGCAUUGGCAAUGAUUUAUUUCAUUUAACAGCCUUGAAUUCAACUCUGAACCCCGUAAAAUCAUUGGAUGUGCUCUUUUUGCCUUAAGUUUAGUUGGCACACUAAAAUAAAGUAAAAUGGGUCUGGUAUAACUGAUUUAAAUUGAAGCCAAUGUGUAUAGAUUUUUUUUUUUUUUUUUUUUUAAUCAUGAAAACAUCAAAAUUGUGAUGUAAAGUGACUUAAUGGGUUGUUUUCUUAUAUGUAGGAUGCUUUUAAUUAUGUUUUGAUUUUAUUCAUUAUACCACUGUAUUGCAUUACAUGUUCCUUGUGACUAUAACCUUCCUUGUCUCAAAAAUAAUUUCUGUUACAGCUCCUCUUCCUCAAUUCCUCCAGCAGAGCCCAGUAAAUACAACUGGGGUUCAUGAUAAAGAAAAUGAUGCAGACAGAGAUAUAAAGAUACAUAGGAUAUAUAAUUACAGAUAUAAAUGUAUAUUCACUACUUAUUCGUCAACUCUUGUCUUGGGUCUAAGUAUUUUAGUUCUUUUUUUUAUGAGAGAAAGAGAGAACAUUUGUGUAUUGCAUGCCAAUUUACAGUAUAUUUCUUAAACUUUUUGAGCAGUUUAUAACAUGUAAAUGUCAUUCUUUCGAGUGAAAUUUUAAAAUUGGUAACGCUGCAUAUGUUAAGUUCAGCAAGUUAAAGCAAGUUGACAAGUAUGUUUUGGCGCAGACUUACAUGGUAAUAUCUGAUGUAUAAGCUAAUCUGAGAUUUGGACACUGAGCCCCCUGUUUUUCGUAAAUAAAUCACAAAAACCCA